CACAUUAACAUUUGGCACACGUUGGGCCUGCGUCGCUAACAAAACACAAACCUUUGUCCACAAAGUUUCUUCCUUUUUAUCCUCUGUUGUCCGAAUUCGAGACUCAGCACAGUGAUGAAGUGAGAGCGGCAGUAUCAACCUCAUCGCUCAGUUUUGAAAAGGUUCAACCCAGGUUGAAUUUCAAGGCCUUUUGGUUGAUGGUUGAUACUAUAUCUCGUCAAUGGCACAUAUAAGUGUGGAUUUUUCCUCUGCUUUGUAUGUGGCUAGUCAUUGUACAUGAAAAUUGUUGGGAUCUUUAUCUCCAACACUCUUGAAGGUUGAGACCCAUAAAAGGGCUGGUUAUGGUCUUUCGUGUUUGAGGGAUUCGAGCCAUGGAUGCAGAAGAUUGAGGAGGGUUUAUUGUUAAAACCAUAACCUCCAUCAAGGUCCUUGCUUUGUGUGUUUGUGGAAAUAUCAUACCCUGUGAGGUUCUCUAUAUAUUUUCUUUUGCUGUCUUGUUUCAUUUGUUAAAUUCCCUGGAAGAUUGCUUACAUUGGACCUUGCUUGACCUCCAACAAUGUCAGAGAAGAUCAUGGUUCACUCGAGGUUUAUAUUUUGUGUGAUGCUCAUUUCUAUGUUCCUUUUGGUCCUGUCUUCCCUUUUCCUACUCCAGUUUAGCAGUCAUUCUUUGAUACCUAGAUCAGUUUUAGAGCUUAUUCUUGUCAAUAAUUCGUCACUUUACUUCAUGCCCAAUUUGAAGAGAGAACAAAUUAUACUCCCUCCCUACCCUUCUGAGGAUUUAAAAUUUCAAUCUCAAAAAACCAGAGAAUCUGACUGUAAAGUUUCCAAUUCAAACCAGAAAAUAAGUCAUGCAGGGCAGCAGAUGAAUAUGGUAUCCAACCCAACUCGGGCUCUAUUGAGAGUAUUCAUGUAUGACUUGCCUCCAGAAUUCCAUUUUGGAUUAUUGGGUUGGAAGGGAAGCAUGAAUCAAACGUGGCCAGAGGUGGAUAACCCCAAACAUAUUCCACGCUAUCCAGGUGGACUGAACUUGCAGCACAGUUUGGAAUACUGGCUCACCCUUGAUCUUCUGUCAUCAAACAAUGCAAAGUUUGGCGAACCUUGCACCGCAAUUAGAGUUCAGGAUUCAAGUCAAGCAGAUGUAAUAUUUGUGCCGUUUUUCUCAUCUCUCAGUUACAAUCGGCAUUCUAAGCUUCAUGGAGAGGAAAAGGUUAGUGUUAACAAAAUGUUGCAAGACAGAUUGGUACAAUUCUUAAUGGGUCAGAAAGAAUGGCAGCGUUCAGGGGGGAAGGAUCAUCUAAUUGUAGCUCACCAUCCUAACAGCUUGCUGGAUGCCAGAAAAAAGUUAGGUUCAGCUAUGCUUGUGCUUGCAGAUUUUGGAAGGUAUCCUGUUGAAUUAGCAAAUAUCAACAAAGAUAUAAUAGCCCCCUACAGGCACCUAGUAGGAACUAUACCAAGAGCAGAAUCAGCCUCAUAUGAAGAUCGUACCACCCUGGUGUAUUUCCAGGGGGCAAUAUACAGGAAAGAUGGAGGAGCUAUUCGCCAAGAACUGUUCUACCUCCUUAAAGAUGAGAAAGAUGUGCAUUUUGCAUUUGGGAGCAUAGGAGGAAAUGGUAUUAAUCAGGCAAGCCAGGGCAUGGCCUUGUCGAAAUUCUGCCUCAACAUUGCUGGAGAUACCCCAUCCUCUAAUCGCCUCUUUGAUGCCAUAGUAAGCCACUGUGUUCCUGUGAUCAUUAGUGACGAAAUUGAGCUACCGUUUGAGGAUGUCUUGGACUACUCAGACUUUUCCUUAUUUGUCCGUGCCUCUGACGCCAUAAAGAAAGGCUACUUGCUGAAUCUCCUUCGGUCAAUCAAGCGCAAGGAGUGGACCAAGAUGUGGGAAAGAUUGAAGGAGAUUACACAUCACUUUGAAUAUCAAUAUCCAUCCCAACCUGGGGAUGCAGUGAAUAUGAUUUGGCAGCAAGUUGCAAGAAAGAUGUCUUCAAUGCGGUUCAAUUUGCAUAGGAAAAACAGGUACCGAAGAUCUCAGCUUGUUAAGACUAACUGAAAUGCUGAGAUUCUGUUACAUUGGAAUCUUUUGUCCUUGAUCACAUUCACCAUGUCAAUGGGAGAGAGACAAACCUAGUCUCGUUUGUCACUGCUAAGCUUCCUACCCUUCACUGUUUUUGUUUUGGCUGAAUAGCUUAUCUUAUUGAAGGAAAAAAAGCUCCUUUUUUUUUUCUGUUUUUUAAUGUCUAAGUAUACCUCAUUAUUUAUCCUCUUAUUGAAUCUGGGCAUGUGAAUUUUAGGAAAAACUAUGGAAAGAAUCCCUUAAUUGAUAUUUUCCACUUCUCGCGACCUAUUCUUGAUAUGGAUGAUCACAAUUUGCAUUAUCUUUGCGAAAUACAAAGAAGCAAAUUCUCCCCGGUAGAAUAGGGU